AUCUGAAUUCUGAAGAAUGGAGAGUUCGAAAUUACAGACGACGAUUACCUGAAUCCCACUCUCUGCAUCUUCCAGAAAACUCUAAUAAAUUGGGGGACUGAAAAGCCCUAGAACCAGAAGAAGAAGAAGCAGAAGAAGAUGUCUACGGACAGACACUUUUCUUCUCACUCUGCAUCUCCAGAAGAGAGCAACCUGUUCCUUGACAUACUGCAUGAGGCUCCAUUGUUUGGCCAUCGGAGACCUACUAACAUCAUUGGGAGUAUUUUCUAUUGUGUCUUAUUGGCAGGUUAUGCUAUUUUGGCUGUGGCAGCGUCAUGGAUAUUUCAUCCUAUACAAGAAUUGAUUUUACCAUUGCUUUGCAGUUGUGACGUGGCUCUCUUGAUCGUCACAGGCAUCUUUCAGCAGUAUCUUGUCUACCAAGUCCAAAAAAUACGAUUGCAGGGUUACUAUAUUUUCAGCCAGAAGUUGAAGCAUAUCAUUCGCCUACCUUUUGCCACUAUUGCAUAUGGAACUGCUGCAAUGCUACUGGUCAUGGUUUGGGAACCCCAUAUCAGUUUUCUUUCUAUCUCGAUGUUACUCAGGACCAUUAUGCUAACUGAAGUAAUUUGUGCUGGUUUUUUUAUGAGUGUCUACAUUGGUUAUGUACACCAGUACAAUUCAUUGGAUUCUCAGCCUGAUGUUUUGAAGUCUUUAUAUUCUCCACUUCAGCCAUCAAGUUCUUUGGAAGGGUUGAGGUAUCACGAAGGUGGUCGACUCUCUGAUCAGCAAAUCGCUUUGUUGCAAUAUCAGCGUGAAAACAUUCACUUUCUGAGUGAGGAGAUUCUCCGAUUGCAAGAAUGCUUGAGCAAAUAUGAAAGGUCUAAUGAUGGGAGCACACCUCAGGUUGAUCUUGCUCAUCUAUUAGCAGCUCGUGAUCAAGAAUUACGGACACUUUCAGCUGAGAUGAAUCAGUUGCAAUCUGAGCUAAGGCUUGCCCGAUCUCUUAUUGCUGAAAGGGACUCCGAGAUCCAGCGUGUUCGCACUACAAACAGUCAGUAUGUUGAGGAGAAUGAGAGAUUGAGAGCUAUAUUGGGUGAAUGGAGUACCAGAGCAGCAAAGCUUGAGCGGGCAUUGGAGGUUGAGCGGAUGUCAAAUUUGGAAAUGCAGAAGAAAAUAUCAACACUGAAAAGUCAGACAACGCAGGAAUCAGUUGAACCAACUUAGUGGCUUGGAGUUGAUCAUCACUAUACAAACCAGUAUAUCCAUUGAUCUUCUGUAUCAUUCUUGUGUUAUUUUCUUCUUCAAUCAUGAUUUGACUGAGAGAGAGAGUAGAUGGUUCAAUGUAGACUGUACAGAUAAGUUACUUCACAGGGUAGAUAUCGCUUUUGUAUGCAUCAGAAUUAAUAUGACAUGAUUCGUUUAUAAUGU